GGCAGGUUCAGAAGGAAGACUCUCAGAGGAUUCUGACAGCAUCCUGCCUGAGACAAAAAGGCUGAAAAAGAAGCUACCGCUUCUCCUGCUGUUUUUCGCGUCUGCACUUUGAAGACAAACAAGAAAGCGAGAUGUGCAAAGGACUUGCUGCCCUGCCAGCCACUUGCUUGAGGAGUGCAAAGGAUAUGAAGCAUCGCCUAGGAUUCUUGCUCCAGAAGACAGAUUCCUGCGAUCAAAAUUCUUCUCAUAGCAAGAAGGACAAAGCAGCCUCUUCCCAGAGGGUAAGCCAUGAGGAAGUCAAGAAGUGGGCUGAAUCCUUGGAAAACCUGAUUAAUCAUGACUGUGGCCUGGCUGCUUUCAAAGCUUUUCUGAAAUCUGAAUACAGUGAGGAGAAUAUUGAUUUCUGGGUCAGCUGUGAAGAGUAUAAGAAGAUCAAAUCACCCAGCAAACUCAGCCCCAAGGCCAAGAAGAUCUACAAUGAAUUCAUCUCUGUCCAGGCAACUAAAGAGGUAAACCUGGAUUCCUGUACACGAGAGGAGACCAGCCGGAACAUGCUGGAGCCUACAAUAACCUGCUUUGAUGAAGCACAGAAAAAAAUCUUCAACCUCAUGGAGAAGGAUUCCUACCGUCGUUUCCUCAAGUCUCCAUUCUAUCUCGACUUAGUCAACCAAGCUAGCAGCAGCUGCUGUGGAUCGGAGAACCAGAAAGGAGCAAAGGCCUCCACUUUAGACUGUCCUUUGGUCUCCCAGUGUGCCUAAGCCCUGAGGGGAGGGGAAGGGGGACACUUCCAAGACUCUCAUCUGGAACCCACUAAGGCAAAUUACUGAUCUGUAUUAUUAAGCAUCAAUGCUGUCAACACAUGGUAGCCUAGUGUCCACAUCAUGUCCUCAUCAUAGCACUUGCCAUCUCGGCCACUGCAGGCAUGUGCAAUGGUUCACUUACCUGUAGAUAUUCGAUUUCAGUGUUUAAAUGUCUGUUUGUCUUGGCAUUCAUCAGGGCAGGAACCUCAUCCAGGUCCCCUUUCCCUAGGUUCCCUUUAAGGUUGCCAUCUGAUUCUCUAAAAUUCAUCAUCAAGGCCUUAAGAGCUUUCCAUCCAGCUCUUUGAUCUGGGGCUGACCGCCCUAUGUCAUGUGGUAUCCAUAUGUGCAUAUGUAUGCUGUUAAUGCUUUAUGCUGUAGAUUUUGUAUGAGGGUGACCUAUAUCAUAUAUGCAGACACAGCUCUAAGAGGAGAAAAAAAAGGACCCUAGGUGCUCAGAACUACAGUGUGUGUAUGUGUGUAUGUAUGUGUUUGUAUGUAUGUGUUUUUCACAGGUGAUCAUUGUGCUUUUAUCCUGAAUUAUCCUGAAUUUGAAUGGAGAAAACCAUAGCUACCCUUUCUCUUUUGCUAGGCAAGCUUAGAAAGAAACCUACGUGAAACUGCAUGCUGAAUUUUUAACAAAAUUCAUAGGGAUAGAGACUGAAAUUCUUUCUAACUUACCUUGUUGGACAGACAGAGGAGAAGCAAACUGAGUGGCUGUUGGGGCUAGACUAUGCUUCACUACUCCUCUGCUAUCCCACAAAGCCCCAUGUGAUCAUUUCUCUUAGCUGCCAAACUACAAGGGACUUUCCCAUCAUUCUCUUUGCACAGGCCUUUAUUAAGCACACAGGUGUUUUGUGUGUACUUCUUAUAUGAUGGCAUUGGAGAUAGAUGGAGGGGUAUUUGGACUAAGAGAAGACGGGAAGCUCGGGUCUUUGCAGACCUACUUACCAAAAUCAGUGUUCUGUCCAUUCCAAAUUCUGCUCAGUGAUCAAUCUGUAAGAUCCAAGUGAUGUUGCAGAAUUCAAAAUGCUCUUCCCCACCUCUAAGGUACUCCCAGCAUUUUGUUUCUUUCUGGCAAGGAUGCACACUCAAUGAAAAGGAAUCUUGGAUCUGGGAAGGAAUUGAGCUCUCCCAUCUGGCCCAACUCCCUCAGUUUGUAGAAGAGGAAAGUGAAACCUUGAAGGAUAGAGUAACUUACCCAAUCAAAUAAUAUCAUGCAUAUGGAAGUGCUUUGUGAAUGUCAUUUUAUUUAUUAUUAUUAUUAUUAUUAUUAAUUGUUAAUCUCAUCCCCCACGUCCCUCUGCUAAUUCUUGCAUAUAAAUGCUAUAGGCUUGGUUGGUCCUCUCAAGAAGGGGAACGUUUCAGUCCUAUAAAGGAAAGGGUAAGUGGUUUGGGGCAUCCCCCAAAUCCCUUGAGUGAAUUCUCUUUGGGAUUUUGGACCCUUUGAUUUCCCCAACCCACUUCCAUUCCCAUGCAUAGCCUGCACACAAAGUCUAGCACUGCACUGAUAGAAACAUGGAAGGAUCUUGGAUCAUGAGGCAAGAAGAAAAUCCCCACGGUUGGCAACUACUGUUUGGAAUCUGAGGGCAGGCUGAAUACUUGAAGACUUCUCAUUUUUUGUUAUUUAUGACUUUGUUUUGUAUAAUGUUUUUAUAGUUAUGUUUUCUAAGUGCAAGGUGUUUUGUCAAUUACUUUUGAAUGAUUGGGGUACUAAUUUUUUUCUCAUUCUUCUGGAGCUGCCAUUUUAAAUAUGUUACCAUAUUUAUAGAUAUAUGUAUAUACAUACAUAUAUAUUAAAAAUUCUUUCCAAAUUUUCA